GACGACGACGACGACGGCAGUUCCUGUCCACCUGUCGGCCACGACAAACGCCGGUGCACCGAUAACGUCGUCGCAGCACGAAACCCACACGAUCGCACGUGGUCCACUGCACGCGAGACUCGUCGUACGAUAAUAAUUUAUUAUUAUUAAUAUUAUUAUUUUAUAUUAUUAUUGUUAUUAUACUCUUCGCGGUGGUCCGGUUGGUUAUCCUUAAUAUAAUAAUUAAUCAUAAUUGAGACACACGCACGAGAGGCGAUUUUUUCUCGCUCCCGCCAAUUUACAAUCUAAAUAUAACAUAAAAUUACACAUUUUCGAACGAUAUAACAACGAUAAUAUUAUUAUUUCGAUAAAAAUAUAUAACGUACCAUACAGCGUAUCACUGUUGUCCGUGUCGCGUGCCGCGGGGUAUAUCUAAACACACGCGAAUUCAAGCCGAGCCGAACUCGACAUCAUCAUGCGGCGUCGUACCGCUGCAGCAGAAGCCGUCGUCGGUGUCGCGGCGGCCGUGCUCUUGGCGCUGAUCGGCGCCGCGGACGCGGGCAGCUGCUUGGAAGCCAAGUUGUGCUGUCCCGGCCGCGACUCGGCGUGCGUCGUCCAGAAGACGCCCAUCAACGCCAUCAUCGAGGACCCCACGGACAAGCCGUGCUACUGCGACCAUGCGUGUCUCAAGCUUGGCGACUGUUGCACCGAUUUCAAACCAGCUUGCGGAGUGAUUGAUUGUGUGAUGUCAGAGUGGGAAUCAUGGAGUGAAUGCGACACGGAAUGUGGAAGUGGCAUGAUGACGAGAAAAAGACAAGUGAUGAAAACACCAGUAAAUGGUGGAAAACAUUGUCCUUCGAUGGUGCAGAAAAGGGCAUGCAUGGGAACCAGAUGCCCCAAUUAUCCUGGGAGUGCACUAAAAGAAACCGCCAUGUUGCUGCCUGCGUCUUUGGCAUCCAACCGUUUGAGUAAUGAGUCCCAAGAUAUACGUCACAAUUUAAAGUACCGCUUGUCAAAAGAACCAGUCGAUUUAGAUUCAAAGGAGUACUGUGUUCUAUUCGAGGUGAUGAAAGCGACCAAGGCCUGCAGAAAAGUGUCCGAAUACUCUUUGCUCAGAGAAGGUGAACGCGUGUGCGUGCGCUGCGACACACAAGUGAUGCGCCAGUCGCUGGGCUUCCGGUGCCCGGGCCACGGGACAAUGGAUCGGGCGACGAGAUGGACCGUACUGUCGGCGCCCCAUUGUCACGGAAAAUGGGUUCGUCUCGAGUCGGCAGGACAACAGGACGGGCACUCGUGUCCGAUGUGUAAAAAAGGAGCGCAGUUCGUAUUCGUAUAAGACGGCGGCCGCUGCUCACCUAAGUAUAAAACAUAUUAUACGAAACCCCCUUCGAUUUUUUUUUUUUUUUAUAUAUACCUACCUACAUACUCACCCCGUCGUCGGUCCACUUCACACGGCUCACCACGACUACCCCACACCACUUCUUCCACGGCAUUUUCAGAUCCACAUCUUCGUACCACCAUAGGUAUAUUAUAUACAUAUACGUUUGUAUGUGGGUGUGUACAAAGCCCGACCGUACAUGUAGCAUAUUAUACGUUUUCUAGAAAAGAGUAAUACGACAUAAUAAUAAUAAUAAUAUAACAACAACAACAAUAAUACUUACAUAUUUUUACGACCGUAUUAUGUAUAUUAUAUAAAUGCACAGAGUGAUCCAUUAAAAAAGGGAGCUUCACUGAUUUUUUUUACAACAAGUCUAAAAUGUUUGAUAGUUUUACAGUCGGAAGCUGAAUACUUUUCUACAAGCUAUUGAUGUUAAAUUUGUAGAGUAUUGAAUGAAUAUAGUUUUUUUUAAGUGUUAAAAACUUUGGUGAGCGGACAAUAACUUUUCCGAGUACCUACCACCGUACUCCUUACCAUUCUACUCAUCGCAAACUUUAAAUGCUUAUCAAUAUUCGAUAUUUAUAGGUAGGUAUGUACAUCAUCGAUUUUAUAAAAGUAUUUUGCUUAAAAUGAUAAAGUUUAAAAUAUUGGUCGUCAUUAAAAUAAAUUAACUUUAAAAAAGUUACUACCAUAAAAAAAAUUUUUAAAUUACAUUUUUUUGAAAAGUGUUGUGUUCUAAAAUUACAUCAAACUAGGUACAUUUUAUGUUUUCAAAAACACAAAAACUAACUGAAAAUCAGUGAAACCAAUUAAAUGGAUAUCAUCUCCCUCGUAUUAUAUUGUAUUAUAAUAUAGUCAAACUUGGUUGACUCGAAAUUUAUUGUCGAUACCUCAAACUUUUUCCUGGUCCCUAAAAUGUCCUAUUAUUUGGAUUAUCCUCGGAUAACUCAAACUUUUUGCCUGGUCUUUUACACUUUGAGUUAACCAAGUCCUACGGUAAACAACUGACUGUAUAUUAUACGUAUGAUAUAUAUAUAUAUAUAUUAUUAUAUUUGUGUAUAUUCCGAGCCGGUACGUACCUAUUUUUUUUCAGGUGCUAAUUUUACUCGUACAUAUCCUUGUCGUCGAUGGUUUCAUAUUUUCAUUAUUCUCUAUAACCUAUUAUAAUUUUUCAUAUUACCCUACAAUCCACGUGAACCUCUUUCCACCCACAAAUUAUUCAUAUUUUCUACAUUAUAUAUUAUUAUUAUUAAUUAUUUGCAGACGAAAUUAUACGCUGUAUAUGUUUCUUUUUGUGUUAAUAUAGUAUAUAAUAAAAUAUAUAGUUGUAAUCGAAUCCACGCGUUCCACUUGAACAAAUUUGUAAAUAUAACAAUAUAAUAAUACCAUAACAUAAUAAUAGUAUAAUUAUAUAAGUUUGAUUUUGAACACAACUUAAUGUAAUAACUAUACAUCAUAGUUACAAAUAUAUUAGAAGUUAAUUAAAUAUAUUAUAUUUUUAUUUUCUGCUUUUUUCAUUAGGUAUUAUUAUUUAACUAUAAUUAUAACUACACGCAAAAAUUAUUAGUUCAUAAUAUGUUUCUUUUCUAUUUUUUUUUUUUUUACUUUAUUAGCUUACUUUUUUUUAUCGGUUUAUCAUUAUAAUUGUUUAUAAAAUGGCAGCAAAAUAAAAAGUAAAAAUCAUGUAAUUCUAUUUAUUAUAUAUUAAGUUUGCAGACUCUUAUCCUAAAAUAAUGUCAAUGAUAUAAUUAUUUGCUUACAAUAUAUUAUUAUCUAUUUUAUACAAAAA